GUGGCGACACAGGAACUCUAUCCAUGUCACGCGUAGAAGCUACUCGUUUAAAGCAGAAAUCUCGUUUCGAUAAAAUAAUUUCAUGCUAAGUAGGUGUUGCGAUGUGCUUAUUGCUCGGUGCAACUGGAGUUGGAAAAACGCUUUUACUGAAGCGACUGCAGAAUAUCCUUCACCAGCUGUUUACAUUAACGUUAGAUAGGAUGCAUGCUGUGCUGCCCUAAAGAGUUCUUAAUGUAGUUUCACAUCUGCAGUCAGUUGUGUCAGAUGGACGCGGACGCGGAUUUGGGUGAAGCGCCCGUCACGCUGCCCACGGUUGGCACCAACCUCACAGACCUCGUAGUCCGGAAGAGGAAGAUAACCGUACGAGAGUUGGGAGGCUGUAUGGGGCCCAUUUGGCCAAAGUACUACGUAGAUGGCACAUCUGUUAUAUUUGUGGUGGACUGUGCCAACAUUGUUCAGAUUUCAUCAUCUUGCGUCCAGCUGCUGUCUGUUCUCUCUGCGGAGCCGCUGCACUCUGCUGCUGUGCUCAUACUCUUCAACAAGAGGGAUCUUCCAUGCACCAUGUCUCUGGUGGAGCUGAAGUCGUUGUUCAGGAUGGAUGAGAUCAUUAGAACUGCGCCUCAGUCGAUCACAACACUAGAGAUCAGCGCUCGCUCCGGACAGGGCCUUCAGGAUGUGCUCAGCUGGAUGUUUUCAAAUCACUCUCACGAUACGUGAUGGAUAUGGAUGCAUUAUGUCACAGUAAACAAACAUCAGACAAAUGUGACGUGAAGAUACACUUGUGAUUUUCAGUCAUCUUAUGUGUGAGCUCAACUUGGUCCCACGUCAACUAAUUAAAAUUUCAGUGCCAUGUUAUUAGAACAGUGUAAGGCUUUGCAAAAGAUGUUCAAACAUCAUUGUCUACUGAAUGUUUAUUAUAUAAAAAAACAAUGCUUUGUAAACGGCCCUAAGAGAUCUGUGGUAUAUAUAGUAUAGACUAUGAGACAUUUUGGUCACUACUCAAUUUCCAUUCUUCAAUUUGUGUUAUAUCAUAGCUUUUUAAAAUGUGGAAAAUAGUCAGAAUUACUAUUACUAAGUGCAUCCAAAUAUUUGAAUACUACUCUAUACAGUAUAUUUAAGAAAAGGCAAGCCAGAGGUGGAAAGCAUGAACCAUAUACAAACACAAACCAGAUGUGUCAUUCAGUUUAAUCUUCAUCCUUGUAUUUGAAGAGCAACAUGUGCAACAGUCUCACAUUCUUACAUUCUGUUAGUAUGUGGCAUCAACUCAAUCUGAACACCACUGUAAGUACAUUCUCUUACUGGAGGUCUAUUCAUUCAACAGU